AUAAACUGUUCCAAAUUAUAGGAGAUUCUUUACAGAUGUCCCCUCUAUAGAACAACUGUACUAAGUUUUCCAGGAGGCAUCUCUUCAGCCCUUCAUUCACCCCACCAAACAGCUGUCAACAGGGGAAAAACCAACCAGAGCAGGAAAAUGGGACCAGGGCAAACCAUGGAGAGCCUGCUAUCAAGCAUGCAUGGUUCAAAUCACCCCAAAACAGUGCCUAGAAGAUCUGUUCCAAAGGUGAACAAAUGCACUCAAGUUAACAUGGACUUGGAGGAGAAGAAGCCCAGUGCAGACCUGAGCCUUUCUAGGAAGUCAGAGCAUUGUCCAGGGAGCACAUCACCUUCCCAGAAGGACAUUUCCUCUUCUUCCCAAGAACAGUCUGUCAUGCCAGCUCUGCUACCACAGCUGCCCCCACCUCCACCCCUACCUCCUGGGUGCAAGGUGCCCCUUCCCCCUGUUUCCACGCCUGGCAUAAUUGUCCCAUCACUCCCAUCUCCUCAGCCAUGCAGCAAUCCUGGGUGCAGCCAUCCUCCCUGUGGCUGUGGGGAGCAGCCCCAGGCUAGGAAGACACCAACACUGAGGAUGAAGGUGCUUCACUGGCAGAAGCUGCCCUGUGACGUGGUGAGACAAAGCCACUCCAUAUGGGCUGUGAUGCCAAGCAGCAGCAAAGAGCUUGUGGAACCUGACUAUGCAAGCUUGGAGCUCCUUUUCUCAGUCCCAUCAAGAAUCCCUACAGAGAAAACAGGGCCAAAAAUAAAGAAAACAAAAGAGAUCACAUUCAUAGGUCCAAAGAAAAGCCUCCUUCUGAGUAUAUUUCUGAAGCAAUUUAAGUGCUCCAAUGAAGAGAUUGCUGCCAUGAUUCAGAACGGGGAUAGAUCCAAGCUGGAUGCUGAGAUACUGAGACAGCUACUUAAACUGCUCCCUGAAGACCAGGAGAUAAAUAGCCUGAAAUCUUGCAAAAAAGAAAAAUCACAGCUGGCAAAUGCAGAUCAGUUUUAUCUCCAUCUUUUGGAAGUUCCCAGCUACCAGUUGAGGAUUGAAUGUAUGCUGAUUUGUGAGGAAACAAAAAUUCUGCUGGAGUGUCUGUGGCCAAAAGCACAAGCCAUCAGGACAGCCUGUGAAACAAUUCUUACCAGUCACCGACUGCCAGUGUUCUGCCAAUUGAUUCUUAAAGUUGGAAACUUUCUGAACUAUGGGCGUCACACUGGAGAUGCUGGAGGUUUUAAAAUUAAUGCCUUGCUCAAACUAACAGAAACAAAAGCAAACCAAAACAACAUUACUCUUCUUCACCAUAUUUUGGAGGAGGUUGAAAAAAACCACAGAGAUCUCCUGCAGCUUCCCAGAGAUCUUGACUUUGUUUCCAAGGCAGUGGGAAUCCACAUUGAUGCCAUGCAGGCUGAGGCAGGUGCCAAUUUGAAGAAACUGUUGGAAAUAGAGAAACGUUUAUUUUUGUCAACAGAUGAUUUAAAAAUACAGCAUGGAAAAUCUGUGCAAGUAGGUAAUGGCAGCCUCAAUGCUUCAAAGGACCUGCAGAAGGAAUUUGCCACCAUUGAAAAGAAGAAGGAAGAACUUGCAGAUUAUCUUUGUGAAGACCGAAAAAACCUGUCUUUGGAAGAUGUAUUCAGCACAAUGAAAACCUUCAGAGAGAUCUUCCUCAAGACCUUACAGGGCUAUGUAACCCUGGUUGCAGAAGUAAAUGAAGCAAGGAUCACCCAUUCCUGUGCUGACUCCAGGAGAGCCCCAGCCUGGAUAAACCUUCUGUAGAGAGAACCAUCUGUAUUGCAAGAAGAACUGCAAGAAUACAGACAGCUCUGCUGCCAAGAGAGACUGGAGGAGUGCUUCAGGGCAGAUCAUGGAUUCAGAUGAAAACAAUCACGUUUCUGAGGAAGUUAUAGAAGACAAAAGACAAAAAAUAAAUCCUCUACUGUUCCCACUGCCUGCUUCUCCAGUAAAGCACUGAGCUGAAAUUUUCCAAGCAACGCAGCUACCUGGGCUCUGAAAUGAUGUGAUACUGCCACAGACAGUCUGGAAAAUUAACCCUACAAACCACAGAUGUUUUGGCAAUAGGCUUGAUCCUUAAAGUUCCUAAAAUUCUAGGCAUAAAGAAAAGAACUAAGAGAGCCAAGAACACAAUGGGUCAGCAUCUGUGGAGAGCUAUACUGGAAAUUUACUGCAAAGGGUAAUUUCAGCAAUGGCAGUUCUUUCAAGAAACAGUCCCAGUAAAGGUUAUAGAGUGUCCUAGUACAGCUGCAGGAGACUCAAACUACAUUUCUGGGUGCUUCUUGCUCUCAGCCAGGUCAGAGAAACUAGAAAGAAGCUUCUUUUUGUAUCCCAGAAUGUAAACUCCUUUUCACCUCAUUUUGCAUUCCAUUUCUGAGCAGCACCUCACCUGAAAGGUACCACAGCUAUUAGCCAUGUUGUCUGCACCUCUCUCCUCCACUGCAGACCUAGAAUUAAUCUCCUCUUUCUCUUGCCUUUCUUUCUCACUAUUACCUCAGUAAAAAUACUAUUUGUACUUGAAACAGCAACAUGCUGAAAAGCUUAAGAUUUUAAUUUUUAAAGCAUCUUUUUAUUCUGUGAUUUUGAUUUUUACACUAGAAUCAUGCCACAGGCAUCAUCUCUUCCCAGUGCCAUUUAUUUUAAGCUUUAAUGCUAAGGUGUAACUUUUAUUUUGAGAUGAGUCUUCUGUGUAAAGCAGGUCUCUUAGCACUGCCAAAGUUGUUAGUGCUAACUUUCCAUUCCCAUAUCAAAUAAGAAGAGAAAUAGUUUUGAUAAAUAGUGAUUCUUCAUGUCUCUUAAGCUUAUCUACAGAGAAUUUGGUUUAUUACUUUCUUCAAACAAAAUCUUUCUCCCUUCCCUGAGGGUUCUUUCUGAUCCCUUAUCCUUCAGGUAAUAAAUUGAGUUACACAAAUGGAAUUACUUUAAUAAGACUCUGCCAUCUUUCUCUCCAUCUACCUGGAGGAAAAAAGCCCAAAUCAACAAAGUCUUUCCAAAUACCCAAAUGAUAUCCAAAACUGACAAAGUGAAAGGAAGCAAGGGAGCUGGUUUGUCAUCCAGGGCUGAUGACUGUUUCACCAGUUCUCAAAAAAUAAAAGAAGCAGAUGGCAGGAGGAAGGAGACAGGGAGAAAAUAGCUCCUCAGCUCAAAGACAAAAAAUCAGAAAUGGAGUUUUGCUUAGAACUGAGUGGCAAAAUUGUGGGGAAAAUAAUCACUGUGUGAU